AAAUGGCCGAAAUAAAGGAUUUUUACUAAUUUUUUUUUGAAGUUGCAGGCAUCGCAAUGACUUCAUUGAUUAGCAGGGAUACACACAUAUCUGAUGCGGCUAAUGAGAUGGACUGGUACCAAGUAAUAAGGGGCUGGGUGAAUGGUGUAAAGCAUCCCUCGGAUUCACGAUUAAUGCCGUACUUGGAGCAAGCCGGAUUUGGGUCAGCAGCAUUGAUUCGGACGUUCAACUUGCGAUAUGAUUUAUUUUCUGCGCUAGUGGAGCGGUGGCGCCCGAAGACCCACACUUUUUAUUUUCCGUGUGGGGAGUGCACGGUGACCUUAGAGGAUGUUGCGCUGCAGCUUGGGCUUACAAUCGACGGGAGUCCCGUAACAAGAUUAUCAACGAAUGCCACAGAAGAUGAGUUGAUGUGCGCUGCUCGAGCGUAUAUCAUGCAUAUCCUAGAGGGAGUACUGAUGCCCGAUGCAAACAACAAUAAUGUGCAUAUGAUGUACUUGCCCUUAUUAGCUGAUUUGUCCAAUGUUCGCUCGUAUAGCUGGGGAUCCGCCGUUCUAGCAGUGUUAUAUCGGGAGCUUUGUCGGACGACAAACCCUUCUGUUGUAGACAUGGGAGGAUGCCUUACAUUGCUGUAGUCUUGGGCGCUCUAUCGGAUGCCAUUUUUGGCAUCGGUUACUCACCAACCGUAAAGUAUUUAUCCGGGUAUCGGGAGGUCGCACACUGUCCCGAUAUACCGACUCAUGAUUAAACAGCAUGCCGGGGAAGGGUUUAUAUGGAUGCCAUAUCGUCGCCAGAAAAUUACAGCUGUGACACCUUCGUCUGCAUACGUUCAUUCUAAAAUGUGGUGCACUAAUGCACCAAUUAUAAAUUUCAAUAUAGUCGAGUGGUAUCACGGGGAUCGGGUGCUACGACAGUUUGGUUGCAUCCAAUAUAUCCCGGAUCUGUCAUGUGAGGUGGGGGCGGUUCACAGCAUCAAUAAGAGAGGAAAAUCGCAGUUGGAUUGGGAGGUUAAGCACCAAAAUUUGUUGCGCUGUGGCACGAUCGGAUGGGUCGAAGACCUCAGAUGGUUAUGGCAUAUUCAUUGCAACAAUCAUUAGAGUACAUACAAUAGUACUAUUGUUGCGGAAAGCCAUAUAUACUUGGAGGCUAGUCGACUGUAGUCCCUCUGCACAUAUAGUGACCUGGGGGAUCGUACCCAGUAACCCCGAUAGAGGCAGAGCCUGCGGCAGAUCAUGAUCCCGAACCAGAGCCCGAGUCGGAACCCGAGCUAGAGCCCGAGCCAGAUUCUGAGCAGUCACAUUCACAUGGGGAUUCACAAUCCUAUCAUUCGGAUUUGGCGGGCGAUGACAAUAUUCCGAGCUUCUCAGAGGGCGAAUAUGCAUACGAGUUUGAUCUCUUUGGAUCCUACCCGCCGCAUCAUGGGACUCCUUCCAGUUUAAGUUCGUUGAUGCCGAUUGAGCCACAUGAUUUUUCCUCUAUGUUUACCACACCCCACCUGGGCCAAAUAAGGACGUUGGUCGUUGCCAACACCCAGAACAUGACUGUCGACCUCCGCAUAGGUAUACUCCCUAGGACCACACCAUCGAACCAUCAGUUUUAAGGGUUUAUUGCACUUUUUUGUACAUUACAAAGUUUGUACUUAUUGUAUAAAUUUAAUUACUUAAUUUAUUGCACUUUUAAUA